GCUGCAUAUUUCACGCAGUGUGGAGCGAAGAUAGCGUCCAAGCACAAGAAAGACAGUCAAUGAGACCAGUCACCAGUCAGCUUCAGUGUUAGUGUCCGCAAAGAAUGACGAGUACGUAUAAAGAUUCAGGCACUGCAAGCCUGAAGGAUGAGGAGGAGUUUACGGAUAUCUUGGAGGAGAGGAGACGCACAACUGAUCUUGGCUAUGCCCUGAGAACCUUUAACCCUCAACCGUACAAAGGAGCCCCAUCCGGCUCCACUUCUGACCUCAAGAAAGCUGUACUGGAGUCCCAGUAUCUGCGCUAUAUUGCCAAAGAGAUUGCCUUGGAGACGGGGUCAUCCGUGGAGAAGGUGAGACAAGAGGCUCGUGGGAUUUUGGAGGAAAUGUCUCACAAUCUGCAGCUGGGGUUUAUCAGGCUGAUGGGCUACACUGUCAGUAAGGUGUUCAAGAGACUCUUCAGAAGCAUCUAUGUCAACAUGGAAGGACUCAACAUGCUGCAGCAAGCCAUCCAGGAGAGUCCUGUGAUCCUGAUGCCCAAUCACAGGAGUUAUGUGGACUUCUUGAUUGUCUCCUUCAUCCUGUUCACCUACGACAUCCCAAUACCUGUCAUAGCUGCAGGAAUUCCUCUUGCAAGCAUGAAGGUUGUUGGAGAGAUUCUGCGUCGCUCCGGAGCUUUCUUUAUCCGACGAGCAAUCGGCUCUGACAAGCUGUACUGGGCGGUGCUGUCAGAAUACGUCCGAACAAUUGUCAGGACAGGAUGUGCUCCUUUGGAGUUUUAUGUAGAGGGUUUCAGGAGUCGCACACUGAAGUCUGUGGUGCCAAAGCUUGGUAUGAUGGACAUGGUGCUGGAGCCAUACUUUAAAGGUGAGGUGUUUGACAUUACCCUGGUGCCCAUUAGUAUCAGCUAUGACAGAGUAGUGGAGGAGUCAUUGCUUGCACUUGAGUUGUUGGGUGUCCCCAAACCCAAAGAAAGCACCACCGGACUGUUUAAAGCUAGCAGAGUUCUGCAGGAAGAUUAUGGCUGCAUGCAUGUGAACUUUGGCCGCCCCCUGUCUGUUCGACAGCUGUGUGAGGGAAAGAUAAAUCGAAGCGAGUACAAUCUCAUACCAAGAGAUCUUCCACAGAGACCAAGUACGGAGAUCCAGGACUGUGUGAACUGGCUGGCUCAUUUGAUUGUGCGAACCCAGGAGGAGGGCUCAUUGAUCAGUCCUUGGUCUCUGAUGGCUUGCCUGUUGCUCCAGGCUCCAAUCACAACUUUAACAGAAGAGGGUUUGCAGUGGCAUGGGCUCACGGAAAAAACACUCUGGCUCAGGAAGCUGGUGCUGGACUUCAGGGGCUGUCUGAACUGGCCUGCACGCACCCCAGACUCAGACGUGAUGUCAUCCACCGUGGCUCUUCAUCACUCCAUCGUCCAUCAUAAAGCGGGCCGUGUCUACCUGGUUCAGGAUGGAGACCCUGCGAGCCAAGAUCCACUCAGCCCAGAGGAGGGUGUGAUGAGGACGGCGGCGGCGGUGCUGAUGCUGGUUUCCUACAGGAAUCAGGCGUUGCAUGUCUUUGUGCGUCCAGGAAUACUUGCUACUGCCAUCCACAUCACAAAAAGCACACAGAAGGAUGAGCUGUUCAGCUUCUUCUGCUUCCUGCGGGACGUCUUCUCCAAUGAAUUCAUCUUCAUCCCUGGCAGGGCAUCGCAGGACUUUGACGAGGCAUGUUCACUUCUGCAGAAAUGUGGAGCAGUCCACAUGAGUCAACAGGAAGUGACCGUGUUGGAAACGGGGCUGGAAGUGUUAUCCUUUCUGCAGAAGCUGCUGCAACCAUUCUUAGACUCAUAUCAGCUGAUAUUCAGGUACUUGUGUGAAAACGGAGCUCACGUCUUUACGGAGAAGCAGUUCCUACCUGCUGUGCAAAACCUGGCUACAAAACUCAUCCUCUCAGGUGAUCUUCACACCUUUGAAGUCCUCUCUUCUGAUACACAGAAAAAUGUUCUUGCUGCACUGCGGAGACUGGAGGCAGUGACAAAGUUGAGGGCGUCCCAGCAGAACGAAUACAAAGUGAACAAAGCAGCUGUCAGAAGAACUGGUGACAUACUCUCUGGGAAAAUCCCCCCUGAGAGCCUCCACGCUAUACCUGAUGCAAGACUUUAGUGUCAAGUAGAAUAAAUCCAUCUUCAGUAUCAGCUCACAGUCCUGCUCCCCCCCAUCCCCAAACUUGCCUGUCUCUUCAUUACUUCUUCUUCCUCAUUGUCAUCCCUGUGGUCUCUUUAGCAGUUUGACUAAUGUCGAGAACCACAAAGAUGCAAAUGCAGUCUGAGCUCACAGGUAAAAUACUUGAUCCCGGAUGCCAGCCAGACUUAAUCUACUGAAUGUUGGCUAACUCUGUGUCCUUGCUGUCAUGCGUUUGAGACCUGAGAGGGCUGAGAUGAAGCUAAAAAGCUCUGCAGGAUAAAUGUUGGUGGCCUAUUGCUGAUUUAGUUUGACUUUAACCAGAAUCAGUAGGUGAAUAAUAACAUACUUUCUAUUGCUGAUCCUAUUUUUUUUUUUUUUUUUGGUAAAUAUGUUGCCAUAGAUGUAUUAUUAAUGACUGAGAUAAUGAAUAAGAGAGCACUUUAAAAUAAACUUGGUUGCCAGUAAGAUUUGGUAUAAAAGAAUGUAGCAAUAAAGCUCUAAA